GAUUUCGGUGACCCUCCCGGUCCACUACUACAACACCAUUGGCGUCAACCCCAACCGACGCUUUCUCCCUCACUUGCUCUGGACGAUAGCGCAGAUUUCUGGAACCACCGGCAUGGUGAUUUUCACGCGGCUCAUGUACAACCGCUUUGUCCACUCAAACAAAAGUGACCCAGAGGGGCCCUUGGUGGGUGACCAGCUUUACAUUCCAGCACCAUGCUUGAUCAUGUCCGCCCAUGCCUUUGCGGAAGGAUGUCGUUUGACUGCCACCUUAUCCGGCGUCAUCCAAAGCGGCGGCUGGAACUGGAUCCCAACCUCCAUGCUGAGCGUGGCUUUGAACCUUUCCGCACGUCUUGGUUGGUCACGCUUUAUGCUGAUCCAGCUGGGCAAGAAGCUCUGCAGUGGGCCCAAAGCCAUGGCAAUCUUUGCGCCCACGGGCUGGAGCAAAUACCACGAUGAGUUGAAAAUCUAUGCUGGCUACUUUCGCUUUGCAGCCAUCAUCUCUCUGUUUGUUGCCAGGCUCGUUUCCUACGGUGCUUUCCAAGAAGGUCCAACGUUUCCAUCCUUCAACCUUUCGGCUCUGUGGGUCCUGAUUUUCCUCCUUGUUGGGGAAGUCAUCGAGGAUGAGGUGGUAACCCGGGAGUUGUUACCAGUGAAUCCUGCUGGUCCUGGCCUCUUGAAAGUCAAUGCCAAUGGAGACAAUGCGGAUCCAACGCAGCUGAUUUCAUUGGAGCACUUGCCGAAUGUUCAGCAAGGUGACCCCUGGAGAAUGUCGGAAUUGGAGAAGUCGGGCAAACUCUCUCUGAAGAGGACCUCAACACUUGAGUCCGUACCAUCCGUAGCAGAUCUGACCACACCUGUGCAGUCUACCAGUCCCACAACCACGACAUGUGUUCCCCAGAAAGUUGUCUCGUUGGGCAAUUCAGAGACAGAUGCAUGGUCUCGGCUGCGGAAGUGGUUUGGGCAGCCCAGAUCCUUGAACUCAUCACCUGCACUUCAUGGUCUGCGAGAACUUCCUUUUGCUGUCCAACUAAGCUUCGUGGGCAUCGUAGCCGAAUUCACGCUGGGCCUCCUUGCUUUGUUGGUGGGUGCAGGCUACUUGCGUGGUACGUGCGAAAAUGUUUUGGUGGGCCCGGACCGGAUUCUGGGCUUGGUCUAUUGGGAGCUGCCAUUGCCAUGCUGAACGACACAUGAGACUUGUGAAAUUCAUUAUUUUUCUUGAAAGGCACCCAGACAAGAUUCUGGUCUGGUCUCGGGGGGCCGCUAAUGCCAUCCUGAAGGGCAUGUCACGCACUCUUUUUGGAGGGUGCUAGGCUUUCCCUUUGGCAUUUCACGGGCAUUCACUGCUCGUACCUCUUAUUGGUAGGACACGAAGCCUUCUUAGCUGUUUGGGCGAGGCCACAGGGCAGGGUGCUAAUGGCUCCACAAUGCUCCACAACUGUCCUGUGGUGCUUCACUGUUCGUGUUUAUCCGCAAGGCAUGAAGGCUAAGCCUUCUUAGCUAUUUGGGCGAUACCCUGGAGAAUUUCUGUAGCUGUUUGGGUAAUACCCAUGGCAGCAGGGCUCCGGAGAUUAUAGAAGAACUAUAUAAAUCAUUGGCUCUGAUUCGCGAAAGAACC